UCACUCUCUCUCUCUCUCCCCGUUGCAGUCCUUCCAGAGGAUGCGUCCAUCGGCCAUGCUCCAGUCGCGCGCGCCUCUUCUUGCACCUUUCCAAUGGAAUUCCACGUGCCGCACGGAUUAACCGCCGUUCAGCUUGGAUGAUUCGCGUCAGGGACGUUCACGCGCUCCGGUGGCCAUGGCUCUCGUGAUGGACCCCAUCAGCAAAUGGAGCCCGAAGCAGGUGCUCCAGUGGAUGAGAGGACUGGACGACUGUUUGCUGCAGUAUGUGCGAGUGUUUGAGAGAGAGAGGAUUUCUGGCGAGCAGCUGCUGCACAUCACCCAUCAGGAGCUUGAAGAGCUCGGUGUCACGCGUAUCGGCCAUCAGGAGCUCAUCCUCGAAGCAGUAGACUUGCUCUGUGCUCUGAACUAUGGCCUUGAGACGGAGAACCUGCGUUCUCUCUCCCACAAGCUCAACGCUUCAGCUAAAAACUUGCAGAACUUUAUCACGGGCCGGCGGCGUGGUGGUCACUAUGAUGGCCGGGUGUGUCGACGGCUGCCCAAUGACUUCCUCACCAGCGUGGUGGAUCUGAUCGGAGCCGCUAAGAACCUGCUAGCCUGGCUGGACAGGUCACCGUUUGUCAGUGUCACUGAAUAUUCAGUGCUGAAGAACAACAUUGUCCAACUCUGUCUCGAGUUAACCACCAUAGUGCAACAGGACUGUACCGUGUAUGAAACAGAGAAUAAAAUCCUCCAUGUGUGUAAGACUCUGUCAGGAAUCUGCGAGCACAUCAUCUCUCUGUCGUCUGAUUCAUUGGUGUCUCAGUCCGCCCACCUGGAGGUCGUCCACCUCACCAACGUUUUGCCCAAUGAGGGUCUGGGUAUGUAUAUUAAAUCCACAUACGACGGGCUACACGUGAUCACCGGCACCACCGAGAACUCUCCUGCUGACCUCUGUAAGAAGAUUCAUGCAGGUGAUGAGGUCAUUCAGGUCAACUACCAAACUGUGGUGGGAUGGCAGUUAAAGAACUUGGUGAAUUCUCUGCGUGAGGAUCCGAGUGGUGUCGUUCUCACGCUGAAGAAAAGACCCCAAAAUUCCUUGAGCUCAGCACCCGGUCUGCUCAAGAACACCCGCUGGAAACCCCUUGCACUGCAGCCCCUCUCAACCAGUCCAUGUAGUGAGUCUACGACACCCCCCAGCACUCUGGGGGUCUCACCUGGAUUGGACACACCCUCAGGACACGAUGUGUUUAUACUGUCUCCUGCAUAUGGACACAGUAGGGAUGAUGAGUUGGAGAGGGCUGGUUUUGGUGUUUUCGGCUCUGAAGGCUUCUUCGUGGAUCAGGAGGCUUUAGUGGGACCUCACUUCCCCCUGCUAGAAGACGAAAUGGGCAGAAACGCUGGACUACGACGCAGAGACCGAACCCCAACACGGGGUGAUCCCCGGCAGGUCUCUCAUGUGUCUGAGUGGCUUGCUGAGCCUCAGGAGUCUGGAGUUUACAAGCGAGGAAGCAGAGACUCGGACUCCUCCCUCAUGCGUUUCCUGAGCGACGACAGGAUGCUUGUCUUACAGGAAGAGGCGGAGUUUUCCCAGCGCGACACUAGCCGGCGGACCAGGAAGAAGAGCCGCAAUCCCAGCAGCCCCAGUUUUCCUAUCAGCCCCUCCAUGCUGGCCCCGCCCGUGCGGCUGGACUCAGGACCCCCGGAGGGGCUGCCCUUCUCUCUGCCUGACACCAGCACCAUGCCACACUACCAUAGAGCCACAGACACGCUACGAGCCGACGCUGACAGGUAUGCUGGUUCUGCUGCGGAUCGACAAGCAGGCGCAUCCAUGAGGAAGUCAGUGCAUUAUGCCUCCUUAAGGACCAAGACCAAGAAGAAAAGCAGAGGAUCUCAGAGUAACUCAAGCAGGAGGCGUAUUGCCUGUAAGGAUCUGGGACAUGGUGACUGUGAAGGCUGGCUGUGGAAGAAAAAGGACGCUUCAGGAUACUUCACCCAGAAAUGGAAGAAAUACUGGUUCGUCCUCAAGGACUCGGACCUGUACUGGUACACCAACCAGAACGAUGAGAAGGCGGAAGGUUUCAUCAGUUUGCCGGAGUUCAGGAUCGACAGAGCGAUCGAAUGCAGGAGGAAACAUGCCUUCAAGGCUUGCCAUCCAAAAAUUAAGAGCUUCUUUUUUGCAACGGAUCAUCUGGAGGAGAUGAACAGGUGGAUGAAUCGCCUCGGCUUGGCUGCGAUAGGCUACACUCCGGAUGACCCGGUGUCCCGUCCAGAUGAAGAUUACUGGAGCGAGAGCGAUCAGGAGGAGGUCGAUGGAUCCAUGACGCUGAAACAGGAGUCGACUUACCACUGCAAUCCUGCCGCGAGUUCAUCCAGUGCGUUUGGCGAGCGCCAUUUCUCCAGUGGCUCCACCUUCUCGCACUCGUCCGCCGAGGACUCUCACUCGUCCUGUCGUUCCACCCAUCGUGAGCGUGAGCGUCGCUCCUGGCAGGACCUGAUCGAGACUCCCGUGGGCUCCUCAGGGCUUCACUACCUCCAGACGGGCGCCGGAGGGGACGGGCGUGUCCCGAUCUCGCCCGAGAGGCUGCGUCAGGCCACGCUGCCCGCCCGGCGCCGACGCCCACCCCGACACGAUGGGCCGUUCCCGCUGACGGACAGUGAAGAGCCCCGCCCACGUGGCCACUCCCACAAACAGAGGAGCCAGAGCCUCCCACGGCACCGCUCGCACACCACGCUGUGCCCUCGCACCCGGCUUCACGAGGAAGAGGAGGAGGAGGAGGAGGAGGAGCAGGACGAAGAGGAGGAAAGUGUGUGCGAGGUCCGGCAGCGGGUGUGUGAGGCUCCGAAGCGGGUGUGUGAGGAAUCUGACCCACUGGAAGAGUUGUAUCGCUCUCUUGAGCAAGCCAGCGUGUCUGCAUUCGGGCAGCAGCGUCCCUCCACGCGGCAGGAGUUCCGCCGCUCAUUCGUCAAACGCUGCAAUGACCCGGCCACUAACGAGAAACUCCACCGCAUCCGGGCGCUCCGCUCCACGCUAAAGGCUAAAGAAGGAGACCUGGCCGUGAUCGGUCAGCUUCUGGAUGACCCCUGCCUGACCUCCCGCAAGUUCCGCGAGUGGAAACAGAGGAACCAGGAGCUCUUCCUGGAUAUCUGCGAGUUUAGCUCUGCCCCUCUGGAACUGCCCGCUGAGCCCGGUGACCUUUCACCUCUGUCUCCGACACUGCUGAUGCACACACACUCCUUUAUAGAGACACACGUCUGAAAUAAACAUACACACAUACACUCCGACAGACACCUCCGGACUUUCGGCGGUGUAUCUGCAACAAACUCGGAGGAAAUCACACACGUUGGGACAGAAGACGACGUGAAAAACAAAACACUGUGGCCCCGCCUCUUCCCACUGAUUGGGUAUCUGACCUUUAACUGACAGCUGACUGAGCCACUGUAAGAGAAUUGUGUUAGCGAACGUGUCCUGGACAAAACACACUGCUUUCUUCUCCUUCUUCUUCUUUCUUCAGACGGAUUCACACUGUAUCUCACCGCUCACACACGGAUCUUCUACACAACUUAAACAAUUCAGCCAGAAAUCAAACCUACACCACAUCCCUCUUACACCAGACACUGUCGCUCAACCAAGACUUGUUGAGUGUCUGAAGCUAACGUAGCUAAGAAACAAUAGAAGCUUGCUAGUCUUCUUAAAGACAUGACAUAAGGCUAAAUUCGACUACUGAAAAGUUGAAAAGUUGUGCUGAAUUAUCUGGAUGAUUUUUGACAACAGUUGAAACAUUUGACUCGGCAAAGCAGAACGUUUUAAUUUGACAAAAUCCAAAAUCUUUGCUGAGAACAGAAUUAUCACAUGAGGAAGGCUGUCAUUUCCCUUAAAUUAGCUGAAGACAUGUUUCCAGAUUAGCAGAUGUCUUCCCAAUGUCCAUCCUGAUACCAAUGAAAUAGAAAAAUCCCUAGGUCACGUCUCCUUCCAGAGAUGCUAGAUGUAAGUUUCCAUGAACUCUUAGCUACAUUAGCCUGUAAAGUAGCGACCUUCAGACACUUCAGGACUGCGUUUGGUGUAACUCGGGUAAAUUUGAUUUCUUUUUCGAACUUCUCCAUCCCUUCAUCUGCUCAUCUCAUCUCCAGGAUAUAAAGACACCUUUUUUUCUUCCUCUUUUUCAGCUGGAGUUUUUUCCGAUUAUUUUCUCGGGACUCGUUUGUUUGUUUACUCGUUUUUUGUUUUUUGUUUUUUUUCCCCUUCCCUCGGGAUGCUGCAGGACGAGCGCUCAUGUAGCCAUGGGCAACGGGCUUCACUCUGUUACCAAGCAACACCGCCCUACUGUGUUAACUCUCAGAGCAUGCAAGAGUGUGUGUGUGUGUGUGUGUGUGUGUGUGAGAGAGAGAGAGAGAGAGAGAGAGAAACUUGGAGAGGACUGAUGAUGAUGAUGAGACUGAUGCACUUCCUGUAGGGACGACGAUGCGUCUGUAACCAAACCCUGGGUUGUGUAGAAUAUUUAGAACAUAGCUGAACUCCUGCAUGGUUUAAAAGUUAUUAAUCUACGCCGAAUGAGCUGAUGAAGAGUCUGUAUAUAAGAGAAAUAUCCUUUGCCUAGCUGCAUCCUCUGUUCAAAACUGUGAACUUUUAAUUGUGAAUGCAAUCUUCUGGCACUGCAAAGACAGAAGCUUUCUAGUUUUCUUUUCUAAAAAAAAAAAACAAAAAAAGGAAGACAAAAGACUAAAGCUUUGCUUUUCUGGUAUUCUGACUGUUUUUGCUUGGGGGGGGGCAGCUGGUUAUUACCUCUUACGCUUUGGCUUACAUUCAGGUCGGGGAGGUUGGUUUGUUUGUUUUUUUUUGUUUUUGUAAAGGGUUUUUAGAUAAUUCCAGUCCAAAGUUCAAGAAUUCUAGGAUUUUUAGAAAAUUUGGGAAAUCUGAGUUUCAAAAUCCAAGGAUUCUUGCAUUUUUUCUUUAUUUUUUAAUUUAAAUUUUUUUUUUUUAGAAUAUUCCCAAACUGUGAGUCCACGGAAAGUCCAUGGAUUCAACUUUUUGUUUGUUUGUUGUUGUUUUUUUCUAUUCUAGAAUUUUAAUUCUAGAUCUCAAAUUCCAAGGAUUCUAGGUUUUUUUCUGGGUUUGAAGUCCCGAACUGUGAGUUCAAAGAAAUUAAUUUUUUUUUUCAGAAGAUAUCGCAAAAUCGAUUCACAAAAAAGCCCAAUGAUUGAAAACAUUUUUGGAGGAAUUCUGAGUGCAAAUUUCAAGGAUUUUACAUUUUCAUACAAUUUCAUUAAAUCUGAUUUGAAAGUC